GGGAAGGAGAGAUUAGAGCUUCAGAUGCGGGCAGAUAUGUGCGGAGGAUCUGCCUGAACUCACAUCUCCUCUGUGCUGCCUCCAGCAGGCUGCUGAACAGGGACACAUCCGCUUUUAAACAAACCAACAACCUAAAUAAAAAACGCUAUUCCACCAAUGCGACAAUUAGACAUUCCCUCCCUUCAGCUUUUUCUAAAUUAAAACGCCUCCCGUACCAUUUGUGGCGUUUAUCAUCCAGAGCACCAUCAAGGAAGCGCGUCCAGAACGAGCUCCUCUCAUAAUUCUCCGAAAAAGGUGUCCUGGGAACAAACACAUUGACAUUGCUGGCAGCAGGGUAACCUCUUCUUACUGGUGGAGCAGCUGACAAGAGGAGCAUACUGCUCGGCGGCUUACAGAGUUGACAAUACUUUCUCCAGGACCAGAAGCUUGUGGAAACAAGAUGGAAGGAUUCCUCGUAUCUCUGAUGAAGUAGAGCCCUCACUAGCACACUCUGAACCUCCAUUUCCUCUUCCCUCACUUUCAAAGGGUUGCAGAAUGGAUGAGCAAAGAUGCCCCCUGCCUCCCCCCCUCAAAACAGAAGAGGACUACAUCCCUUAUCCCAGCGUUCACGAGGUUCUAGGUCGCACUAGUCCUUUUCCACUCAUCCUGCUGCCCCAAUUUGGAGGCUACUGGAUUGAGGGGACCAAUCAUGAGCCUAAAGAGCCCCCAGAGGCUGAUCAACCCCCCGGCCCUACCUCCCAAAUCAAACUGGAGACUAACAGCACCGCCAAAAUCUACAGGAAGCAAUUCAUGGGCAAGGAACACUUUAAUUAUUACACCAUGGAUGCUGCCCUGGGCCACUUGGUCUUUUCCAUGAAAUAUGAUGUCAUUGGGGAUCAGGAGCAUCUGCGCUUAAUGCUUCGCACAAAGAUAAAAACCUACCAUGAUGUGAUUCCAAUUUCCUGCCUCACCGAGUUCCCCAAUGUGGUUCAGAUGGCCAAGCUUGUUUGUGAAGAAGUAAACGUGGAUAGGUUUUAUCCUGUCCUCUAUCCAAAGGCAUCAAGGCUCAUUGUCACCUUUGAUGAGCAUGUGAUCAGCAACAACUUCAAGUUUGGGGUUAUUUAUCAAACGUUUGGCCAGACAACAGAAGAGGAGCUGUUUGGGAACAUGGAAGAAAGUCCCUCCUUUGUGGAGUUCUUGGAGUUUCUGGGCCACAAGGUUGAACUUCAUGACUUUAAAGGGUUUCGGGGUGGACUGGAUGUCGCUCAUGGGCAGACGGGGACCGAAUCCGUCUACACAACUUUCCAUAAUAUGGACAUAAUGUUCCAUGUGUCCACCAAGCUGCCUUACACGGAAGGUGACUCACAGCAGCUGCAGAGGAAGAGGCACAUAGGCAAUGAUAUCGUAGCCAUCGUGUUCCAGGAGGAGAACACGCCCUUUGUUCCAGACAUGAUCCAGUCCAACUUCCUGCAUGGGUACGUGGUGGUGCAGGUGGAGAACGCGUGUACGGAAAAUGCCACAUACAAGGUGUCUGUGACAGCGCGGGAUGAUGUACCUUUCUUUGGGCCGGCUCUGCCUGACCCUGCCGUUUUCAAAAAGGGCCCAGAGUUCCGGGAGUUCCUCUUCACUAAGCUCAUCAAUGCUGAGUACGCCUGCUACAAGGCUGAGAAGUUUGCCACGCUUGAGGAGCGCACACGGUCAGCCCUGUUAGAGACUCUGUACGAGGAGCUGCACAUCAACAGCCAGUCCAUGAUGGGUCUGGGUGGAGACGAUGAAAAGCUGGAGAACGGGGCCGGAGCAGGCGGAGGAGGCUUCUUUGAAUCCUUCAAGCGGGUCAUCCGUAGCAGAAGCCAGUCUAUGGACGCCAUGGGCCUCAGUAACAGGAAGUCAAACACUUUCUCCACUAGCCACAGUGGCAGCUUUACCCACAAUCCCGCAGAGAGCCCCAAAACCCCAGGGAUUUCAUUGCUUGUUCCAGGGAAAAGUCCCAGUAAAUAUGGACGCCGAGGCAGUGCCAUAGGAAUAGGAACAAUAGAAGAGUCAUUGAUCAUUCCUGGGAAAAGCCCGACCAGGAAAAAGUCUGGCCCAUUCAGCUCCCGCCGCAGCAGCGCCAUUGGCAUCGAGAACAUCCAGGAGGUCCAAGAGAGGAGUCGAGAGGUGUCACCCAGCACCCAGAGGACACCGGAGGGCAUCCACUUCUUUCUGGAAAACAGACCAGACAACUCCUCCAAUCACAGCUCUCCUGAAUUCCCUACUACUAGGAACAGUUUGGCGAUGUGUUGCAGGGCGCCGUCCAUCCCCGAGGCGCAGGACCUUUCCCGCUCUUCCUCCAACGCCAGCAGCUUUGCCAGCGUAGUGGAGGAGCACGAGGCAGAGGAGGAGUACGACACCGGACUGGAAAGUGCGUCUUGUGUUACGCCACUCAAGGGAGAGUCAUUUACGUACGGCUCAAUGGAGGACAGUUCGUGCAGUGCAACCCAGGGGAGUGUUCCAGCAGCGUCUCGUCUGCAGCAGCAACCGGAUGGAGUGAAGAGCUCGGAGCCCAAAGGGACAGACAGCCGGCCCAAGACAGAGCGCUCCUCAUCGAACUGUUAGCCACACUGCUCUGAUCACUGCAUCAACGUCCAUCUUCCGCAUUGCCAUUAGAGGCAUCUUUAACCAAAAACGAGCCAAGGGAACCAUGUGAACCACUGACGCAGAAGAGGAGCCGAGUCAGAAGGCAGAUCAAGAGACUGACAGAUCUUUCUUUGUAUGUUUGGCAUGGAUCCUCUGACUGGACAUGAACCAACCUAUCGUCCCUCACUCCAGCUCAAUGGGGAACCCUGUAAGCUCAAAGCAUGGGAAAGGACACCUCCACAGCCAUGCAGCAUCAUUACUGACUGUCAUCCAUCAGCUGGCUUAGCAGAAUAAGCCUGGCUGCUGUAUCAUUCGUCAAGCCAGUAAGCUCUGAAAACAGAUUUGUGCUGUUGUGUGUCGUCUUGAAAGGAUCAGGGUAAGAACUGGGGUUAAAUAAUGGGGAAUGAAAUCAUAACCGAUGAAACAACUGCUGUUUGUUUUAGCUUGUUAAACAGUCUAUAGAGAGGAGAGUUGCACUAGAUAGAAACAUGUUUUUUUAAAUGUCAACCUCACAUCCCAGUGUGAUAUUGUACAUGGGUUUAACUUUGAUGUACCAGGUGUGUGAGGCUGUCUGUCAAGGCCACUUUUUGUGUUUUAUUGGUCUUUUCUUCUUCUGAGUAUUCUGCUGUGGAUAUUUGUCGUGUUUUACGAUAGCUUCGGUCAACCUGUCAUGUUUUUAACGGAGUACUUCUACAAUGCUGUUGUUGGUGGCUGUAAUAGGAUCAGUCGCCUCCCUCCUAGGUGGGUAAUGGGUAAUAUAGGGUACGGUAAAUUGUGUCUGCAAUUUUUUAUUCAAAAUUGUACUGUAAUACAGUAAUUCUGUAGAAAGAAAUACGAUAGAGAUGCUACUUAGUAAAAAAACAAGAGUAAAAAGCAUAAUUACUGCAGUGCUCCAACCAGCAACAUGCAUCCUCAAUCCAUACGUCAAGGUACUGCUGUUUAGACCUUUGUCCCACACCACUUGUUGACUCGAUGUCUGUGUACAAGUGUGUGUGUACAACGGUACUGUGCAUGGUGUAAAUCUGCUUGCCAAAAACCUCUGUACACUGUUGCCAUGCUUGACAUAGAGGUGUUGUCCCUGUGAUUUGUGUUUUAUCAGAAACCAGCCAACAUCUCCAGAUGCAGUGCACAUCUCUGAUAGAGAGACAAAUGUUCAGUUUCCUACUUUAUUUGUAAAGUGUAAUACGUGUAAGUACGUGACCUAAGCACUACAUUUGCAGAUGUAUUUCGUAUGGCGACCUCUUGGAAAAAAAAGGUCAAUAUGCUGAAUAUGAAUUUCACUGUGACUCCUCCUGAAGUUGCCUUUAAAAUGAUUGUGUCCUGCGAGCUGCUUUGAAGGAGGGUCAUAUUUGAAGGCACUGUGUUGCCUCCAGAUGGCUUGAAUGUAAAAACUUAGGCAGACAUUUAUUUAUUUGUACAUAUCUGCCCCGAUGAAUGGUGAACUGUGUUAUCUCCUGACUGCAGAAAAUGUAAGUCUGAAACAGCUCCCCUUUUCAGAGCAGAGAAGCUUAUUCAUGUUUUUCAAUUUAUGAUGAAGGAAAUAACUGACACAUGGAGUUUAUUUCAGUAAUAUGACUGAAGCGGACAUGAGAUUUAUUGUCUUUGGUGAUUUAAAAACAGCAUUUCCAGUUUGUGAAAGUGCAAAAAGGUUGAGACACUGGACCAAAUGCAAAACAACCCAAAGUGGGUUCAUCAAGCUACAAUCUUUUGAUUUUUACUUGAACAAGGCAUUGAAAAGAUAUGAGGAUACAUGUUUGGUAAUAAUUCCACAUAUGUGUAUUACAGCAUCUGAAAUUGAUUCAUGAAGAAAAUGUCAAAUGAUUUUACUUUGGACUUUGGAAAUGCUUGAGUAGAUGAUGUGCGCCCUCUUGUGGCGAUGUAAUAUUAUAGCAUAUUACUAUGUGGUACCGUUCAUCUAACUGUGCUUGCUAUAAACCACAACAAAAGGAGGGACCCUUCUAUGUGCUCCAUUCAAAUGAUUGUAUUUCUGUUCUUGUCUGCUUAAGCCCUUGUUCAAAAGACAUGUUUGUAAAUAUUGCUUUACAUAUUUUUUUGUAAAUAAAGCCACCAAAAAUGUUAAUUAAAGAAGAAGAUGCAUAUUA